GCCACGCCCAGGCGUCCAUUACGUCUCUACGUGGACGUAGAAAGGGGGAGGGGCGUGUAAACAGAGAGAAUCCCGAACAAAGACGAAGCGAAUUUACUUCAACCGAUAAAUCGAGUGCAUUAAGAUCCUUUGCAGAUUAUCAUCAUGCCGAUUCGCCGUUCAGCUGCGGCUCCUCCCAAGGAGGACACGCCCCCAGCUCCAGCACCUGAGUCAGAGGCCAAAACCAACUCUGGUGAGUCCACGUCUGCAGAGGAGGAGCAGAAAGCAGCCCCGGCAGCUCCAGAGGGAGAGGAGAGCGGAGACGCAGGAGAGAAGUCCACCGAAAACGCUCCAGAGGACGGAAAAACUGGAGAGGACGGAGAAACUGCGGAGGGGGAGAAAUCGGAGAAGAGCGGAGCAGAGGAGCAAGGGAAAAAGAAGAAAAAGAAGGAUGCUGCAAAAAAAGCUGAGGAGAAGGAAGGAGGCGAUGAGAAGAGUAAAAAAGUGAAAAGGAAAAUCCCUUCUUGGGCCACUAUGUCCGCCAGCAAACUCGCCUGUGCCCCAAAAAGCGUUUCUGUGUCACAGCCCAAAGUGGAAGAAAUCCUCCUUGAUGCUAUUCAGAACUGUAAGGAGCGAUCCGGCGCUUCUAUCUUCACCAUUAUGAAAUACGUAACGAAGAAAUAUUCCUCCAUGGAGAUGGAUAAAAGGACGAAAAGCCAGUAUAAGAGGGCAAUGAAGAAGCUGGUGGAAAAAGGAGCAGUGAAGCAGCUGAAAGGAAAAGGCUUCUCAGGAAGUUUCACCAUCGGGAAGCUCCCUACCGAGUCCAACUCGAAGAAGAAGCCCUCAACCUCAAGCUUCUCAGGUACGAAGGGCGGGACGCUGGGUGAGGCUCUGCCGCUGAUCAUGACUCGCCUCUGUGAGCCCAAGGAGGCUUCGUACAUCCUCAUUAAGAAAUACCUGGAGCAGCACUUCCCCCAGCUCAACGUAGAGAGCAGGCCUGAUGUGCUUAAGAACUGCCUGCAGAGGUCUGUGGAAAAGGGAUACUUGGAGCAGAUCACCGGGAAAGGUGCCUCAGGGACCUUCCAGCUGAAGAAAUCUGGGAAUAAGGUCCUCCUGGGUGGUGGGCUCCUGGAAGAUGCGAUCGUCGCUGCAAUCACCGCCAUGAAUGAGCCCAAAUGCUGCAGCAUAAGCGUGCUGCGCAAGUUCCUGGUAGAGAACCACCAAGACAAGACGGCUUAUUUCAUCGUGGCAAACCUGAAGAGAACACUGCAGAGGUGUAAGAUGAUGGGCUGGAUGGAGCAGAUCACCGGUCACGGGCUCAGCGGAUCUUACCAGCUCAGCUACCCGUUCUACCCAAGCCCAGAAAUGCUGUUUCCAGAAAUGAUGGAAAAAAUCAAACAGAAGGAGAAAGAGAAGCUCAAACAGCAAAAGAGGAGGAGAGAGGAGGAAUCCGAAGAGGAGGAGGAAGAUGAAGAUGAAGACGAAGAAGAGGAAGAGUCAGAGGAUGAGGAGCCCGCUCCUCGUAAGAGGAGUCAGAAGAGGCCCGCGCCCAGAAAGCGUCAGCCUCCACCCAGAAAAAAACCCAAGACUACCAGCAGAAAGCCUGCGCCCGCUAAGAGACCGGCAGCUUCAGCUAAGAAAACCUCAGCCUCUGAUAACAAAGCGGCAUCCAAGAAGAUACCUCCACCCGCUAAAGCCACGCCGGUCAAGAAAGCCGCUCCAGCCCGAAAGCCCAAAACGCCCAUCGCCAAGAAGAUGACAAGCCGAGUGUCCAAGCGACCGACGCCCAAGAAGACGGCAGCCAAGAAGCAGGAAACGUCAUCUGCAGCGGAGUCUAAAUCUGCUGCUCGAAAGUCUCUCAGGGCCAGGAAGUGAUCUCCUAACGAUCCCACGGUCAACUGUAGCUCCUGUCACUGCAGUGCUUUGCUAAUUCUUUCUUUUUAAAAUCAUUUUAGUAGCUUCACUGUUCUCAAAGCCUCCUGUUAGAAAGACGUUUUUUUUUUUUUUUUCUGCAAUCCGUGUACUGUAGUGCUACAUAGAAGCAUUUCAGUUUUGUUUCUCUUUAUUUUAUUAUUAUUUUUUUUUUAAACGAGAGUUGUUGUGUUCAGAGUACGUUCACACUGCUGUGAGAACUGAUGUAGGUGCUGCCGUGUUGUCUUGACUGUGCACAUAAAGAUGAUUUUCGACUCGUUUGUCUUGGCGUAGGGAGAUUAAUUUCGUCUACAUCGUAACCUUUUCGUUCACGAUCAUGUUUCAACAGUGUUUGAGAAUUCUCCACUGAAGUAUUCACAUUUUCCGCCCUUUUUAAAGAAGGCUCUUUGUCGUUUUUGUGGAUUUACAGUAAAGUAGGGAAAUAGCAAACCUGGUUGGUUCUUUUGUUUAAAUUAAAGAGAUAAAGUUACACAUGACUGGUGCCUAGUUUUCAGUUUGACACUCAAUUGGGGCCAUGUGGGAUUUUUUUAAACUGUAAUAUAAAGGUGAAUAUUUAUAUAAUUUUUUUCUUUGUGUAAUAAGGAAAAAAAAGUUGAAGCUUCCAUGAGUUAAAAUAAGUCGAAUACUAUGAAAUACACCCAGUAAAUUAACCCAGUGGUAUUCAGAUUUAGAAUAUUUGAUUUAAAUUGAGCAUUAAUUAUGGCCUGCAUGCAUGUAACUGAUUAUGCUUUUAUGUAGUCCUUAAUAAAGUGACUAUAUUUGUACUCCAAA